AAAUGUAAGAGAUUAAUUUACCCCAUUUUUAAUAGAAUAAUUUUGGGUACUAUAAAGUAAUUUCGGGCGAUAACCAGAGCAAUAUCCCCGUCAAUCCACGCGCCUACGCCAAGAUGUUGAAACAAUGUCGCUCUUUGCUCUCCAGGUCACUGCAAUCUGCGAAAUGGGGUGAUGGCUUUGAAUCCCGAGCUGCCUUUUCAACUUCUCUACAGGAUUUCGCUGCUACAGGAAAUGCCAAUGGUCGUGUGUUUGCUCCUUAUACGAUAUACAAGGGGAAAGCUUCACUCUCUAUUUCUCCUGUUCUGCCAACUUUCGUUAAGAUGGAUUCCGACAUUGGUGGCCUUAAAGUUAAUCGCCGUGGUUCCAUGAUGUUGACAUUCUGCCCUGCUAUUGGAGAGCGCAAGUACGAUUGGGAACAGAGACAGAAAUUUGCUUUGUCACCGACGGAGGUUGGGUCUUUGAUAAGCAUGGGUGCUCAUGAUGCCUCUGAAUUCUUCCAUGACCCUUCAAUGAAAUCAAGCAAUGCUGGUCAAGUAAGCAAGAAGUUAUGUAUUAAGGCACUUGAUGGCGGUAAUGGCUACCUGAUUUCUUUGACUGUUACCAACAACAUUCUAAAAUCAAACGAGCGCUUUAACAUACCUGUUACAACAGCGGAAUUCGCAGUCUUGAAGACAGCAUGCAGUUUUGCAUUGCCUCACAUCAUGGGUUGGGAUCGGUUGACGAAUCAGUCACCUAAAGGCAUCAAGGGGAGUCCUUCAAAGGUGAACUCAAAGCAGCAUUUCGAUUUGGAGUGGGAUAGAUGAAAGUGUAAGUAUAAAACUAUAUAAAAGUUUUUUAGCAUUGCUUUUCCUUAGUUUGCUAGUAUGGACAUGCUGAACUAGAGGUUCUCUUUUUGUCAGUUAAAAGCCUUUAUUAUGUUAAUUUUUACUUUGUGAUGAGCAGUGCUAUUAUCUGUCAUGUUUAAAGUCUGAACUAGACUUGCUAUAUGCAUCUUCUACUAUAUUAUAUUGGCACUUGUUUUGUUUUCGGUCAAA